AUGGCACGUUCGCGAGGCUAUGGCAAGUUCUACUUCCUGACUGUAUGCCCGGUAGAAGAAAAUCCCAUACCUGAGCUAGGGGCAGCAUCAAGGGCCGAAGACCAUGGUGGCCAAGGAGCACCAGGCCUCAUGGGUAUUAUGAACCCCGAGGGAGGCGUGAACCCCGAGGGCGGCGUGAGCCGUGAUGGCAGCGUGAUUCACGAGGGCGGCGGUGGAAACCAAGAGCCUGAGGAGCAACAGUGGCCCUGGGAGGAGCCGGCCCAGGCAGCCAUGGAGGAUCUGCAACCCGAGAACUGGGAGCCACCAACCCAGCGCAGGAAGUUCAAGUUCACGCCGCUGCAGGUACAGGAGCUGGAAAACAUUUUUGAAUUCACUCAAUACCCUGAUGUGUUCUUAAGAAGGGAACUUGCCCAUGCCAUUGGAGUGUCUGAAGAGAAAGUGCGGAUUUGGUUUAAGAAUAAAAGGGCCAGGUAUAGACAACAACAGAGGCAAUUAAUGCUCGUCAAUGAACCACCUCCUGAACCAUCUUCUGAUCCAGAUGACAGUCUCUGCAUCGUCUUGGAUUAG